CAGUGGCCAGCCAAUCUGUGAAAGCAAACAGUCUAAUGUCUCACCAGGCCUAUUGGCGGCUCUCAUUCUCCUGCUCUUGGUCAACAUCCUAUUGUUAAGAUACAUUUAUGUUAGGUGGUUCAUGUCUCUAGACCCAUGGUCCAGGGAAACUGGGUCUCGAUCUAUAUUAUCAGUGCCAGUCAGUAGGACUAUAUUAGUGCGAUCACCCGACCAAGAGCAUCUCAUCACAAAAUCAGGUUUGAGCCUUGAAGAAACUGAUUUGCCUAUUGGCUUAAGGCCGGUCCAGACACUCCGUUUUGCACAACGUUUUGUCUCCGCAGUUCAAGACGUUGCAGACAAAACGUUGCGUGUGGACCGGAAAACUGCGCAGUUUUGAGUCCGUCGGGAGGACUGCACAGUUGCAGCGAUAACUGAUCUCGUGAGCUCUGAAAACCGUGACCUGCGCAGACAUGUCGUUGCGUGUGGACACUUACUCCGUUUUCCAAUCCGUUUUGUUCCUCAGUUUUCUCUAAUCAUCCGACCAUGGCAGAUCUGCGGCAAUGUUCUCGCGAGUUUUUGACGGAUUUUAUUUCACAUUAUGAAAGUUUUCCGUGCCUUUGGCGAGUUAAAUCUAAAGAGUACAGUGAUAGGGACAAAAAGGGGGAAGCGUACGAGAGAUUGGUUGAAAAGUUCAAAGAAAUAGAUGUCAACGCGAGCAGGGAGACAGUGGUGAAGAAAAUCAAUUCUUUGAGAAGCGUUUAUCGCAAAGAAUUGGCAAAGGUAAACAAAUCGAUUCGAUCUGGGGCUGGAGAAGACGAAAUUUACAAGCCAUCUCUGUGGUAUUUCGAUUUGCUGCAUUUUCUCAAUGAUCAGGAGACACCAAGGCCGUCGAGGAAUACCAUGGACGAAAGUGAAGAGUCUGUAAACUGCGACGAAUCAUCACAACUGGUGGAAGACGAUGUGCAAGAAACUGUUAUUGACAGUGGGCCCAGUGAAGCUGCUACUACCCCUGCUACUCCUGCUUCCGAAGCAUCUACGAGUACUUCCCAUUCUGUCAAUACCUCGCACAAGUUAACUCGUAACAAGAGGAAGGCUGUUGGGAAUGAUGAUGGCACAAUUGAAGUCCUGCAGGUGAUAGGGAAGAAACUGGAAUCGCUACAGGCAGAUGAUGCAUUUCAGGUAUUCGGAAAACAUGUGGCUAAUAAACUCGGAGAAGUCCCGAAUUCACAAAACAUAAUUGCUCAGAAACUAAUUUCCGACGUUUUAUUCGAAGCUGAGUUGGGUACGCUUACCAGAAAUUUUCGAAUUGUUGACAUGAAAAGCCAGCGACAAGAUGAUUUUGGUUCAAUGAAUGCCACGAAUUAUUGGCCUCAACAGAAUACGCCACAUCAAAUCAGAAUGCAACAAAAUCUUUCUUCACAAGUUGGACAAUACCACUCCUUCUCGCAGCAGCCGCGGCCUAUGCCACAUAACUACGCCCCAGAACAAAUACCUCACACUCAGGAGUAUGAAACAAUUGGGAAAAUUCCGGCAGUUUCAUGCAUCAUCCCACAGCAAGGUGAACAAGAUGUACAGACACGCGCCCACCAAGCCCCUGCCCACUCUCCCGUUGGAACCUACUUGUCAUCAUUUCAACCAAACUGAAGUAUACUUGCGUGCAUUUCUAUUGCUUACCAUAAUAACUUUUCUACAAUAAUAAAGUUUAUAAUGUUCAAUUAAAUAAUAAAUCGUUUAUGGAAAAUA